AAAAUUGUUAAAAAAGCGAUUUGACAAAAACUAAAAGUUCUGUUCAUUAUUGCACACACACACAUAAAGACGAGAGAUGUCCACAAAUGAAGCGCUAUUCAAUCGCCCAGGCCCGAACCGCCUGCGGCAGUCGGAGGUCUAUCGCACCACCAACCCGGAGGAGGCGGUUAAGAUACGCAUGAGCAAGGAUGGCCUGGGCGCCGAGGAACCCAUCUCCAUACCCGGCCUGCUCAAGCGCACCGCCAACAAUUAUGCCAACUAUCCGGCGCUGCGGACCAAGAACGGCGACAAGGGCUAUAACACAGUUACCUACAAGCAAUAUGAACAGAAGGUGCAUCAGGUCGCAAAGGCGUUCAUCAAGCUGGGACUUCAGGAGCAUCACUCGGUGGGCGUUUUGGCCUUUAACUGCGCCGAAUGGUUCUACUCCGCCAUGGGUGCGAUUCAUGCGCGUGGCAUCAUUGCGGGCAUCUACACAACCAACUCCGCGGAUGCAGUGCAGCAUGUGCUGGACAAUAGCCGCGCCCAGGUAGUCAUUGUGGACGACUCCAAGCAAAUGGACAAGAUUCAGGCCAUACGCGCCAACUUGCCAAAUCUAAAGGCCGCCAUACAGAUACAGGAACCCUAUCCAGCGUACCUCAAGAAGGAGGAUGGUUACUAUAGGUGGUCUGAGAUUGAGGCCAUGAACGUGACCGAUGUGGAGGAUGAGUUCAAGCGCCGCUUGGAGAACAUUGCCAUUAACGAGUGCUGCUCCCUGGUCUACACCUCCGGCACCGUGGGCAUGCCCAAAGGCGUGAUGCUCUCCCACGACAACAUUUGCUAUGAUACGCGCGCCAUUGCCAAGUCAUUGGAGCGAAUUGUGCCUGGCUCAGAGUCCUUGGUUUCCUAUCUGCCACUCUCCCAUGUGGCUGCCCAAACGGUGGACAUCUAUACGGUCGCCUUGCUCGCCGGCUGCAUUUGGUUUGCCGACAAGGAUGCGCUGAAGGGUACGCUGGUCAAGACGCUGCAGGAUGCGCAUCCGACGCGCUUCAUGGGCGUGCCACGCGUCUAUGAAAAAUUCCAGGAGCGCAUGGUCGCCGUCGCCAGCUCCAGCGGCAGCUUUAAGAAAAUGCUCGCUGGCUGGGCCAAGGGCAUCACGCUCAAGCACUACAUGGAGAGUCAAGGCAAGAGCAGCUCAGGUUUCCGCUACAAGAUUGCCAAAUCGCUUAUUUUGUCCAAGGUGAAGGCCGCCCUGGGCUUUGAUCGCGUCAUCAGCUUGGUGAGCGCUGCUGCGCCCAUGUCGCCAGAGACCAAAAAGUAUUUCCUCAGCCUUGACAUGAAGAUAUUGGAUGGCUUUGGCAUGUCCGAGACCGCAGGUUGUCAUACGCUUUGCCUGCCCGACACGACGUCGUUGAAUACCAUUGGCAAGACGCUGCCCAGCUGCGAGUCGAAGAUUAUCAACAAGGAUGAGAACGGACAUGGUGAGCUGUGCAUACGUGGUCGUCAUGUCUUCAUGGGCUAUAUUGACAAUAAGGAGAAGACGGAGGAGUCUUUGGAUGACGAUUGCUGGCUGCAUUCGGGAGACUUGGGCUUUAUUGAUGACAAGGGAUAUGUUUGCCUGACGGGUCGCUCCAAGGAGAUUAUUAUUACAGCUGGCGGUGAAAAUAUUCCACCAGUGCAAAUUGAGAAUGUGAUUAAGAAGGAGCUGGAUGGUAUUUCGAAUGCUUUCCUGGUGGGCGAGCAGCGUAAAUAUCUGACGGUGCUGGUGUCGAUUAAGACCGAAAUGGACAGAGAAACCGGCGCACCUUUGGAUGAGCUUACACACGAGUCCAUGAUGUGGAUGAAGACAUUGGGCGUUGAGCACAAGACCCUCACUGACAUACUUAAUGCCGGUCCCUGCCCGAAGGUCUGGAAGUCCAUUGAAGAUGGUAUCAAACGCGCCAACAAACAGUCCAUCUCAAAUGCUCAAAAGGUGCAAAAGUUCGCCAUCUUGCCACAUGACUUCUCCAUUGCCACCGGGGAGCUGGGACCCACUCUGAAGGUGAAGCGUAAUGUGGUCAACAAAUCGUACGAAGACAUAAUUGAGAAGCUGUACGCUUAAAGAAAACCCA